UCAGACAUGGCGGACUCAGGAAAUGAACCGACUGUCAAAGAAAAAAUAACUGUAAACAACAACGUUCGGACUAGAAAUGCUGGUAACAGCACAAAGGCCAACGAGGAUACCACUUUAAGCAACAACAAAGACAAUAACAAGAACAUGACCACUACGGAAUAUUGCGAAAAAUUGCAAGAAUGGAUGUGGCAAUACUACAGCGGAUACGUGAAUUGGCAUAGCUGGAUGUCAGUAUUUACUCUCUCUUAUCCCCCUUGUUUUCCUAUGCCCCCCACCACAAGUGGAACCCUAGGGUCCUCCUCAUCCAGAACCGAUACAUCUGCCUCAGACCCUCGCAACUGGUACAAUCCGCUGGCUUUUCCUGUGCCACCCAAUUUCUUCCCCGCUCCACCUGCAGCAGGUAAUCCCAGCCCAGCUGACAGUAACGUUACCCAGUCAACAGUUCCUGGAGCAGGGCAACAACAACAGCAGCAGCAGAAUGGCAACGCUCCGCAGCCUGGUCGAGAGUAUGUCAUACCCUCCCCCCUUCAGAGAUUCAUGGCAGAGAUGGUGGACUUCAUCAUCCUCUUCUUCAUAAAGGCGACCAUUAUCAUCAGCAUCAUGCAUUUGAGUGGGAUGAAGGACAUAUCCAAAUUUGCCAUGCAUUUCAUUGUGGAGGAGAUUGAUGAGGACACGUCAAUGGAGGAACUUCAGAAGAUGAUGCUGGUGGCGCUUGUGUAUCGCAUAUUAGUCUGCUUCUAUGAGAUUAUAUGCAUCUGGGGAGCAGGGGGAGCCACUCCGGGGAAGUUUUUGCUUGGCCUGCGGGUGGUCACCUGUGACAGUUCUGUCCUGGUGCAGCCAAACAGAGUCCGGGUUGUGCCGGCAUCUAAUGUCUCUCUCUCAGCGUCCACCAUACGGGCGCUGAGCAAAAACUUCUCCAUCGCGUUCCUCUUCCCCGCCUUCAUCACACUCCUCUUCUUCCAGCACAACAGGACUGUGUAUGACAUAGUGGCCGGUACCAUCGUGGUCAAGCGCCGCGGCGCCAGAUGACCUUCUAAAUCCAGAGGUGUGACGUCUGUCUGUUGUCGUGGAUGCAGCACAGUGCCACUGUGGCCCCUGGUCCCAAGCUCCCUCCCUCCCUCCCUGCCUAUCUCCCUCUUGCCUCUGGUGCACUGGGCUAUAUGGUGCCAGUCCUGUGUUCACGUCACAACAAGGAACCACAAGUUCAAAUCCUCAUUGACACCUGUCCACCACUACCACUACCAGAGAAUGGAUGUGUGGUGUGAUCAAGCUGGAUAAUGUGUGGCAAAUCUGAUGAUGAUGAUGAUGAUGAUGAUGAUGAUGAUGAUUAUGAUUAUGAUUAUGAGUACGCCACAGUUUCCGAUGAAGUGUUUGUCCUGCCCAAGCCCCACCUGUCCCCACUACACCACCCGUCACACUGUCAGCUUUACUCUAUGCCAAAUCUAUCUGUGAGUGUCAGAGGGUAAAACGAGAGAAGUGGUAUAUAUAUUUUUUCCCCCUGACGUCAUACAUUUCAGAAUGUCUUCUGUGCUUUUAUUUUCUUUUAGUUAAUGAAUGUAUGAGGUAAGAAUUAAUGACAUGCAGUCUAGAUCCAGUAAAUGUUGCACACCUACCCCCACCCCCAAGGUUAAUUUAACAAGUUAUUUGGCUUUUUUUGUUUUGUUAUUUCCGUAAUAAUCGUAAGAUUGCCCUUCUAGUUUUCUUAUGCUCUGUUGUGAAUGUGUUUCUCUUUUUUUAACCUUAAAGAGAAUUGCUAUGUUUAUCAGAGAAAAAUAACAAAUGCUGAUUUACAAGUUUUAGACAUUCCAUCAUUUAAUUGAGCCAUUGGCAAUAGAUUACCACAACGAAUCUCACACUUUCAAUGAACUUUUGAAAUGCUUGGAACCGUGGACACUGCUUCUGCAUUCUCUGUCUUUUCGACUGGAAUAUGCAUUCUGCAAAGACAUUACUGCAAGACACGCACCAGUGUCCAGUGACUGAUUUUCUGUGUUUUUGUGCAAACACUCAAGAAUUGGUUUAAUCAGUAAAAAAUCAAGGGAGGAAAAUUCUUUGCUUCUUCCUAUACAUUUUGUUUCUAAUUUUGAAGAACAGCAUGGCUUGUAUUAUUUAAACAGUUGACUAAGUGUUUAAUGUAUUUUACCCAUUUGAUUUCAUUAUUUUGAAAAUAUAAGCAAUGCAGAUGACAACCGAGGUAUUAGAAUGGGUGUUCAGCUUGCAAUAUGGCUACAGAAAGCAAGAGUAAAAACUUUCUUUUUCACCAAAAGUAUUAUUUUUUUUUGUUAUGCGGGUCAAAUCCACUCUCCUUAAUGGUAACUUUCUAAUAUAAAGAGUAAGAAGACCUUUUCAUGUGAGGUGUAUUCUUCAGGUCUUCCUCCUGUGGUUGCCGAUAAUAUUUAUAUGAUUUAGCCAUAACAUACGAAAGUCUUAAUUUUUCAUGAACACAAUAUGUUUUCAUUUGAUUUAGUGCCGUUUGAUAUCUCAUGGAGCUAUGUGUUUUUUUACACAGUAUUUAAUAAAGGAGAAAUUAGA